UAUUAUAUUAAUAGCCAUCGUUAUAGUAGCAUCAUAUUAGCGCCACUGGUUCUGUCGUCGUUCAAGUCCGCCAACCUUUCAAAGUUUCCACUCGCGAAUACGAUCAAUAGCGAGGUGUACAUUGGUUCUGUGUUGGUUAGCGCUCGGUGGGUUUAAAAAUGGCUCUGUUCAGGAUCACAUCUACGAAAUUAAUCGAAAUACAGAAAGCAUGCCCAACUGCAUCGAUUUUACUGCGAGGUUUGAGCGCAGAACAGACCAACUUAAAGAGCAUACUUCAGGAAAAAAUUCCCAAAGAGCAGGAAAAAAUCCGCGAAUUCCGUAAGAAACAUGGAUCCACUAAAGUCGGAGAAGUCACAGUGGACAUGAUGUAUGGUGGUAUGCGUGGCAUCAAGGGCUUAGUAUGGGAGACAUCAGUGUUAGACCCCGAAGAGGGUAUUAGAUUCCGUGGUCUCUCGAUUCCCGAAUGCCAGCAGAGACUACCCAAAGCUAAGGGAGGCGAGGAACCUUUGCCCGAAGGUCUCUUCUGGCUCCUCGUUACCGGCGACAUACCCACCGAGGCGCAAGUUAAAGCUAUUUCCAAGGAAUGGGCACAGAGGGCCGAACUACCCGCUCAUGUAGUGACGAUGUUAAACAACAUGCCCAGCAAGCUGCAUCCGAUGUCUCAGUUCUCAGCAGCUGUAACAGCUCUUAACAGCGAGUCUAAGUUCGCUCAAGCUUAUUCCGAGGGUGUACACAAAUCCAAAUACUGGGAGUACGUGUACGAAGACUCAAUGAAUUUGAUCGCGAAGCUGCCAGUCAUCGCAGCGACUAUAUAUCGCAAUACGUACCGUGACGGCAAGGGUAUUGGCGCUAUCGACGACAACAAGGAUUGGUCGGCUAACUACUGCACCAUGCUUGGUUUCGACGACCCCCAGUUCACCGAGCUUAUGCGUCUCUACCUCACCAUUCACAGUGACCACGAAGGAGGCAAUGUAUCCGCCCACACCACUCACUUGGUGGGAUCCGCCCUCAGCGACCCCUACCUUUCCUUCGCCGCUGGACUCAACGGUCUCGCCGGUCCUUUGCACGGACUGGCUAACCAAGAGGUACUUAUCUGGUUGGAGAAGCUCCGUAAGCAGGUCGGUGACAACUUUACAGAGGAAGGCCUCAAGGAGUUCAUCUGGAAGACUCUCAAGUCCGGUCAGGUCGUGCCUGGAUACGGUCACGCUGUUCUUAGAAAAACUGACCCCAGGUAUACCUGUCAGCGUGAGUUUGCUCUGAAACACUUGCCCAACGACCCUCUGUUCAAGCUGGUGGCUGCAGUGUACAAGGUGGUUCCGCCCAUCCUAACCGAGCUCGGCAAGGUCAAGAACCCCUGGCCCAAUGUAGACUCGCACUCUGGUGUGCUAUUACAGUAUUACGGACUGAAGGAGAUGAACUACUACACAGUGAUGUUUGGCGUGUCCCGAGCUCUCGGUGUUCUCGCCCAACUGAUCUGGUCACGUGCCCUUGGACUGCCCAUCGAAAGACCCAAGUCCCUCAGCACUGAUCUGCUUAUCAAACAACUCGGUUUCAAAAGUAAAGAAGAUGUCAGUGAAAAGGAACGUAGUCUUUAGAAAUGCUAACUGCUAAGUAAUAACAUUUUGAUGUUUGGAUUAAAAAUGUGAAAAAAGUAAAUUAUACUUAAACAUA